ACGUGUCAUAUCUCAGAGCGCAUUUUCCGUUUUCAAUGCCAAAAAACAGUUUAAAUUUAAAUGUAAGCCAUGGACGUUUGCGCGUUGGUUCUUCUGAGCCUGAUCGGCGCGGCGAGGUGCUACAGCCUCAGCUACUACGAGACGCUGAUCGCUAAGGAAAUUAAGCGGGCCAGUACCUACGUCUUUCCGAAGGACGCCGGCGGUUUUCGGAGUGCUAAUACGGAACCUAGGGGGUUUGGAGUCUUCGACUUUGCCGUGAUCGGUUCGGGGUCCGCAGGAUCGGUUGUCGCGAGCAGACUGUCGGAAGAUCGUAACUGGACCGUUCUUCUACUGGAAGCCGGCGGCGAAGAGAACCACUUCACUGAAAUUCCGGCGAUGUCCACUUACGCCGCCGGUUUGGAGUGCAAUUGGGGAUUUAACAGUACGCCCCAAACCGCCUGCUGCCUGGCAAUGGGCGGAGUAUGUCCGUUUCCCAGAGGGAAAUCGCUUGGUGGUACUAGCGCAAUUAACGUGCUGGUGUACAGUCGAGGGAAUAAGUUGGACUACGAGAGGUGGUCGGAGGACAACCCAGGGUGGGGGUACCGAGACGUUUUGCCGUAUUUUCUUAAGUCGGAGAACUCAAAGAUUGAUGACCACGAUGAGGGUUACCACGGACGUGGUGGUUGUCUGAAUGUCGAACGUCACUCGCCGACAAGUCCGAAAGCGGUUGCCUUUCUCACGGCAAACCAGGAGCUAGGGCGCUCGGUUGUCGAUUUCAACGGGCCCAAUCAGGUAGGCGCUGGCCGCAAUCAGUUUAAUACCAUCCACGGCCGCCGCCAGAGCUCGGCCAAAGCCUUCUUGGGGCACGCGCGACUACGCCCCAAUUUAAAAAUUGCAACCCACUGCUACGUAACCAAACUCCUGGUCGAUAGCGCCACCAGGUCAGCUACCGGCGUCCUUUUCUCUCACAAGGGCACUCAAUACGUCGCGAAGAUAAGGAGAGAAGUCAUCCUCUCAGCUGGCGUCGUGGGAUCUCCAACGAUUCUGAUGCAUUCGGGAAUCGGCCCAAGGCACCAACUCGACGAGCUGAAGAUCCCCACGGUGCAGGACCUAGACGUGGGGCUACACAUGCACGACCACCUCAUGUUCUACAACAUGUACUUCACCACGUCAAUAACCGACGAGGCGUACAAGCUCCGGGAGUCCAUCGCGCGGUAUCUGGACGGUAGCGGACCGUUCACCAUAGCGAGCAACGCUCAAGCCGCAGCCUAUUUACCCCAAUCCGGGACGAACUCGACCGUACCCGACGUGGAGGUCGUCUUCAUUCCCACAGUUCGCGCUCCGCCCGAUCUUCACGCGGGCGAGUUGCAGGUUUCGCAAAUGGUGGCGGUCAUUCUCCACCCCAAGACACGCGGGCGAAUUUUUCUACAGUCUAGGGACCCCUUUGUGUACCCGCUCAUCGAUUCCAGGUGCCUUUCGGACGAAGAGGACCUCGAAAGCGUUCACAAGGCCAUAGAGAAAGUAAUGGAGUUCUUUGAUACGAAAGCGUUCAGGGCGAUGAACGCGACGCUGCUACCCGACCCGAGGUGUGCGAACCGUGGGUUUAGAUCUCGCGAGUACUGGACGUGCCUGAUUCGUCUAACGGCGAUGAACGCGUACCACGGCGGCGGCACGUGUCGAAUGGGACCGGAUCCGAGCGAGGGAGCCGUCGUCGACAACAAGUUGAGGGUGUACGGCGUCGGAAAUUUGAGGGUUGCCGACACGAGCGUCGUUCCAAUUACGCUCUCCGGUCACAUGAGCGCCCCGGCGAUGAUGAUCGGCGAGCGGGCGGCGGAUUUUAUUAAAAUGGAGCAUCGAACGUAAGUCGCGGCGGGGUAAAAAAUAUAAUUACUUGUAUCAGGAGAGACCGAAAAACAAUAUAUCGACCAUUAUACAGAGCUCUGGUGGGUCUUGAAGAGCUUACCAGAGCCUUUUCCCUAACCAUGGUGUGGUAAAGCCUGGAGGGAUUUGGAAAGCUCUCUGUUGCGGUGUACAGCGGGAGAUUUCCGGCCCUUCCUAGGCUUUCCAGUGCAAACCCUAGGAAGCUUUGUAAACCGAAACCUAAUCUGUUAAAAAUUUCUUAAGUGCUUGCAUUGCAAACCCUUCUAGUGUCUAAUUCAUGGAAGCCUAGGAGAACAGAUGUUGCAUAAGAGUAGAGCUGCAGAUUGCGCCACCAGGUACCAGGUAGUACUUAAGACAGCAGGGUGGAACUAAAGAAGGCGGCAGUCUAAAGAAGUAGCACGAUAAAACUCUAGAUGGCGCUUAUGGAAACGGGGCAUCUACCAAUAUACAGAUCACAACAUAACAGGGUGAAAGAGUUACUAACAAAAAAAUUCCGUCUGCGGAUAGGAUCGCAAAGUAGCUCAAGAAGGGCCAGGAGGACUUAAGGGAAGUGUACUGAAGGGGUAAAAUACCCACAUUUUCAACAGAAAUGGAGGUAACAUCAGACGGAUUCACUACAGGCGCAUUAUUCCCAAGAGACUUGUCGUUUCCUAUUCAGCAGGAGUUCAGAAGUAGACGGGAUUAUAAGUUUUGUACCGACAGCCCAUUGUAAAGAUACAAACAAAACAUGUAGUUUUGUCAGGCGCUUAAAAGUACAAAGAUUUCUAAAUGGGCCGAAAAAUAA